AUGGUCCAGCAUUUCACGUAUAACACACGUUCUUCUAGGUUGCUGUACACACUACUCUCGGUCGCCUCACAAUAUGUUCCCAAAGUUCUUCGAAACUCAGCUUCAAGUGAACACAAUGUCACUAUAUCUAAGAGGGAAGCCAAGUUUGACCCACACGACUCCAGGCUCGUCGCCUUUGCUUGUAUUAUACCCAUCCUCGUCUUGUUGUCUGGAUUAUUUGCCGGUUUGACGUUGGGUUAUAUGAGUUUGGACGAGACCCAGCUCAAUGUACUAAGUAUUAGCGGCACUCCUGAACAGCGCAAAUAUGCUCAGAAGAUUAUCCCUGUUCGCAAGAAUGGCCAUCUUCUUCUUGUUACUCUUCUACUCGCCAACAUGAUCGUCAACGAAUCUCUCCCUGUUAUUUCAGAUCCCGUUCUCGGUGGCGGUGUACAGAGCGUCGUCGUUUCUACCGUUCUGAUCGUAAUAUUUGCAGAGAUUAUUCCUCAAUCACUUUUCACCCGACAUGGAUUAUACUUGGGGGCAAAGAUGGCCGGUUUUACCAAAUGCCUCAUAUUCGGUCUGGGCAUCAUCUCCUGGCCGGUGGCGAAACUUUUGGAGUUUGUGCUGGGACCUCAUCAUGGUAUUAUCUACCGCAGAGCUGAGCUUAAAGAAUUGAUUGCGAUGCAUUCUUCAAUGGGUGCUUACGGUGGUGAUCUGAAGUCUGAUACUGUGACCAUAAUUGGUGCCGCAUUGGAUCUACAAGAGAAAGUAGUCAGACAGGCUAUGACACCUAUUAAAGACGUGUUCAUGUUAUCAAUCGACUCUAAGCUUGACUAUGAUCUACUUCGGAAGAUCUGUAUGACAGGCCACAGCCGUGUUCCGGUAUACGAGGAGGUCGAAGUUCCACUCCCACCUCCGCACGGUUCUGGACACCGAACGCGCACAGUUAAGAAGAUUGUUGGUAUAUUACUGGUAAAACAAUGUGUGCUGCUCGAUCCCAAUGACGCUAUUCCGUUACGGAAGAUACCGCUCAACAAGGUUCCAUCUGUUCCCCAGAAUGAACCCUUACUGGGUAUUCUUGACAAAUUCCAAGAGGGACGAAGUCACAUGGCAAUCGUUAGCCGCUUCAGUCGUGAAAAGGCUGCCAGUGUCAAGCAAGUUGUAAAACAAAGUCUUACACAACGUCUACGUCAGCGCGUGGGAAUGGGCGACACAGAUUCUAGCGAGUCUGGGUCCGAUGAAGAGGACAACACAAAUUAUAUACAGCUGAAGAUACGAAAGAAUCGAAAGAAGGCCAAGGAUAUUGAAGAGGGUGUGGAGGAUGAAGGAACUCUCGAUGGCGAAGUAUUAGCGGACGAGAAGGAGUCGCCUACUUCAAGCACCAAGGAGAGAUCGAACAACGUUAAAUCUGGCAAGAAAUCAAAGAAGUCUGGGGAGUCUGAGACUCCUAAGUCGAAAGGGUCCGGCUUCCAGCUCUCGAAGUCAUCACAACUUGAACAGAGUAUGCCUGCGGACGCUGUCCUGGCAAAGGAAGGUGCAGCUGAGUUUUUGCAAGGAUUUGACCCAUCUGUCGAGCCGCUGGGUAUUAUUACGCUGGAAGAUGUUCUCGAAGAACUUAUCGGAGAGGAAAUCUACGACGAGUUUGACCCUCAAGGUGCACAAGGCGAUCCUUAUGAAGUGCCUCCGGCCGCUCAACCCAAACAAGGAGUGUCUUCUCCCCCUGAUGCAGUUGCCCCAACAUCCUCAGGGAGUCAAAGACCUGCUCUGAAGCCACUGUCAUUGAAGGGUUUCCAUUUCCUCCGUUCCAAGAGCGCCCCACCGAGCCCCAGAGAUUCCGUCCCGCCUCCCUCGGCAUUGACUGCACCACAAGCCAGCGAAAACUUAAAUCUUCCGGAAGCGAGUCCAGUGCCUCCUCGUCGUACCCAUUCGCAAACCCAUAUCGACCAAGGAGUCGCUGAUCCUCAAUCUCAAGUCGUCCAGGACAGUAACAUACCGGCUGAUGGACUUCGAAUUCCAUCGGUCAUCAUUGAGGCUCCUACUCCUGUCAUUCCCGCUCCGACGCUUCUUGGGAUGACCAGGUUUGCUUCUCAGGGUGGUGGUACAAGCACCCCAGGUUCGAGAAGUGCGUCGCCCGCACCUUCGCUAGAAGCUUACUUGCUGGGCAAGCGUCGUUUAGCUGCCAGCGCUGCAGGCUCGUCUGGUGCUGGUGCAUUACCGCUAAGUCUUAGAGCCCCGGGAUCAUCGAGUGGGCACAAGGGAGCACGGUUCAAGAGUAGUCCACUCACUGGACCUGGUGAGAUGGCGAGCACGGGUGUAGUGGGGAGGGUUAAGGAAGGGGGAGAGAUGGGAGAGGUAGAAGAGGCUGGGGAGACUGGACCCGAAGAAUUGUUGGAGAAUGAGAAGUAUACCUGA